AUUAUUAUAAAUUGUUCGCCAGUAUACGACAUUGACCUCUACGAAACUGCAGCAAUGGGUGCCAAGCAAAGUGGACCGAUCCAAUACCCGAAACUGGAACAUUGGUCAACCUACAAGAUCAACGGAAUAAAGGGUCUGGAGGAACACAAAAAAGCUCUCGCUGCUGAGGGACUUAAGGAUCCAUGGAUAAGGAAUGAAGUAUGGAGAUUUCGCAAAACAGCACCAACGUCUAAAUUUGGCUAUCUGAGAAUUCUUGGCUAUGCAGCUGUGUGUGGAACACUAUUAGUGGUCGUUAGGAAUAACUUAGUUCGGAGAGACAGUCAUAACGAACCCUACAUCUUAUAGGGCUCAAGACAGCUGGGAAAUCAGGUUUUUCGUACCAAAACUCUUUUUUAAAGGAUUGGAAUUUAAAGUGAAAAAAUAUACGGAAUAUUAUACCUAUUGCAGCAGGCUUUGUGUGGGCAGAACUUAGGAAGACUUGCUGAAUAAGGGAGACAACUUGCGAAAAGUAAAUUUUCAAGAAAAUGAGUGAUCGAUGACAAGAGACGUUUAAACUCUUUAUUUAACUGAGACAACAGUUGAAAAUGUGACUAGAAAAAGUAGUUUGUGUGUUAUAAGUAACAAUAGGUAACGUCAGACAGAUUUCUGCCAUUGGUCUCUUGACAUCAAUAUAUGUACAUUUGUUUUGUUGCCUGGAGAUCUUAAUUAUAUAAUGAAAAAUUAAAAUCUGUCUUAUUGUAAUUUCAAAUUUGUGAAAUAAACACAAAUUGGGCAAAUUAAUGAAUAGAUCCUAUGCAACGGGAUAGUCCAGGAGAUUGGAGUACAAAGAGAUGGAAAUUUUACCUUACAUCUAUCCAAGUUAUUGUACAGAAUAUCUUAUACUUAUUAAUAGAGGCAGCUGAGAUUUACGUUAUAGUGUAGUUACAUGAAGGAAGGCGGCCAUCUUAGAUUUUGAGAAUUUAAGUUUGUCAUCACUAUUUCCUAAUGAAAAGUUCCUCUAACUUCAUGUGUAAGUUCUCCUUGGUUCCUAGUUGUAACAAUUCAAUCACCAUUUUUGAUCAGUAAAACAAAACUUAACAUGUAGGUUCCACUUGUAAUCAGAUUAAUAUUAUUAAGAGGAAAAGAAUGGAAAGAGGUUAAAAAUAGAGAGAAGAUCAGUCUGACAAAUCCAAUAUAUAUCAUUCAAACUUAAAGGGAAAUCAUCUAUGUCAAUAUUCAAAUAAUGCUGUAAAAUAUUUAUCAAGAAUAAAUUUCAGUGUAUAUUUCAUAUCUUAAA